CUGCCUCUCUCCAUUGGCAUCUCCAUGCCCAUUGUCACAGUGAUAUACAUCAUGACCAACGUGGCCUAUUACUCCGUGCUGGGCAAAACAGACAUACUCAACAGCGAAGCUGUGGCCGUGACUUUUGCUGACCAAGUGUUUGGAGUGAUGAACUGGACUAUCCCGCUGGCCGUAGCCCUGUCCUGUUUUGGAGGCCUCAACGCGUCCAUUUUAGCCGCUUCCAGGCUGUUCUUUGUCGGUUCUCGUGAGGGACACCUGCCCGACGCCAUCUGCAUGAUCCACGUCAAGCGCUUCACGCCUGUCCCAGCCCUGCUCUUUAACGGAGCCAUGGCUUUGGUCUACCUCUGCGUGGAGGACAUCUUCAAGCUGAUCAACUACUACAGUUUCAGCUACUGGUUCUUCGUGGGUCUCUCGAUCGCAGGGCAGCUCUACUUGCGGUGGAAGGAGCCGUCCAAGGAACGGCCUCUCAAACUCAGCAUCGUUUUCCCAGUGGUCUUCUGCCUCUGCACCAUCUUCUUGGUCGCCGUCCCCCUCUACACCGACAUUGUCAAUUCUGCCAUCGGCAUCGCCAUCGCUGCUUCUGGACUGCCCGUCUACUACCUGCUGGUGAAAGUUCCUGAAAAUAAGAAGCCAGGGUGUUUCCGUCGGGCUGUUGCCUCCAUAACACGGCUGAUCCAAAUCCUGUCCUUGUCGGUCCUAACGGAGAUGGAUCCCGUCAUGGAAGCCAAGUCUCAGUGAUGGAGAGGCUACCGGUGGGGGGCUGGAUUCUCCCCUCUGCCUUGACGACGGACACUUUCCUGCCCUCUAAUUUAUUGUUUGCUACAUCAACGAACUGGGGGUUGCUUGCUGGUGGAACUGAGGGGCUUUCUCUGUGGCGGGCGGAGGACCCCACCCCGGCCUCUGCAUCCCCGAUAAACUCUCAGCACUCCACAAAUCGGACUGGGAUUUUUAUCCGUGCCGUCUUACGCCCAGGGCAACGAUGAUUCUUCGAGCUUUCUCGGUUUGCCGUUGUCUGCGAGAUCCACCGCUUCCUUCGCCCUAACGGCGCUCCUCCGCAAAAAGGCCUUCUUCCUCGUCUUCCCAGUUUCCGCUGGCAUUAAACUUCCACCCAAUAUUUCCUCCCCCCCUUUCUGCACACUGUUGGGAGACCGCUGAAGAACACAGUCAGGGAAAUGUCAUGCCUGUGUUGAUGGACUGCCCGUAGCCACGUAUCGGACGAACAGCAGAAGGCUGCGGACGCGAUCCUGUUUGGAAGUUUCACAGAGGCAUGGGAUUAGCCAUUGUUGAAAACAGGACGCUACAUUAGAUGGUUGUUGGUUUGAUCCCUGGGCACUCCCCGGGUCUUGAUUAGAUAUGGGGAGGGGCUCCGUUGUAGAGCUCCGUUCAAUCUCUGGUAUCUUGAGUGUAAAGCAUGAAGUGGAAGGUGACGUAAAAGAUCUCUGAGA